CCUCUUUCUAGGGUUUUGCUCUCUCUCUCUCUCUCAUCUCUUUGGUACAGUCUCUGCUCAGAACGAAGGUACCAAGAGCAAAUAUGGUAGGGUUCGAAGUAGGCGCAGUGCCGUUCAACCCCGACGGAUGGGGCCCGCCGGAUUCCGCCGCCGCCGGUCUCACCCUCCCCAACCAGCCGUCAAACGUACCCUUCGCCGCCUUCUCUCGCUCCGAUAAAAUCGGCCGGAUCGCCGAUUGGACCAGGAACAUGUCCAAUCAAGCCCGACCCGGAUCCAGGCAGGGCGGAUUCCACCAGUCCGACUCCGCAUUCGAUUUCUCCGGCGACGAUUCCUUCGCCACCCUCGCCGCGGACGAGGACUCCUCCUUCCGCCUCGUCGACACCUCCGCCAAAUCGCACCACCACAACCCUAACCGCCCCAAAUUCAACCACAGGUGGCGGUUCAACCAGCACAACGCCCGCUCCCAGCUCCCCCAGCGGCGCGACGAGGAGGUGGAGGCGAAGAAGCGCGAGGCCGAGAAGGAGCGCGCCCGCCGCGACAGAAUGUACAACAACCGCUCGCAGAUGCCGCAGCGCCGCGAGUCCUCCGUAUUCAAGUCCUCCGUCGACAUCCAGCCCGAAUGGAAUAUGCUGGAUCAGAUCCCUUUCUCCACCUUCUCGAAGCUAUCGUUCUCAGUUCCGGAGCCCGAAGACAUGUUGAUCUGUGGCGGGCUCGAAUUCUACGACAGGUCGUACGAUCGAAUCACCCCGAAGAAUUGCCGGCCAUUGGAGCGUUUCAAGAGCCGAAACUUCUUCAAGGUGACAACAACAGACGAUCCAGUGAUCAGGCGUUUGGCGAACGAGGAUAAAGCGACAGUGUUUGCCACCGACGCAAUUUUGUCCACGCUAAUGUGCGCCCCGAGAUCCGUUUACUCAUGGGAUAUCGUUGUUCAGCGUGUUGGAAAUAAGCUCUUCCUCGAUAAGAGAGACGGGUCGCAGUUGGAUUUACUCGCCGUGCACGAAACUUCUCAAGAGCCGUUGCCUGAUGUGAAGGACGAUAUCAACUCUAUCCAUUCUUUGAGCGUCGAAGCUGCGUAUAUCAAUCAGAACUUUUCGCAGCAGGUUUUGGUCAGAGAUGGGAAUAAGGUCGAAUUCGAGGAACCGAAUCCGUUUGCUAGUGAAGGUGAGGAAGUGGCUUCGGUUGCAUAUAGAUACAGAAGGUGGAAAUUGGAUAACGAAAUGUAUUUAGUGUCUCGGUGCGAAGUUCAGAGUGUGAUAGAUAUGAACAAUCAGAGGUCGUUUUUGACACAAAACGCGCUAAACGAGUUUGACCCGAAGUAUUCCGGAGUUGACUGGCGGCAGAAGCUCGAAACUCAGAGGGGUGCAGUUUUAGCCACUGAAUUAAAGAACAACGCGAAUAAGUUGGCAAAAUGGACUUGCCAAGCUUUAUUAGCGGGCGCCGAUACGAUGAAAUUAGGGUACGUUUCUAGGGUUCACCCGAGGGAUCAUUUCAACCACGUGAUAUUGGCAGUUGUGGGUUACAAACCGAAGGAUUUUGCCACUCAGAUUAAUCUGAAUACUUCGAACAUGUGGGGUAUUGUGAAGAGCAUUGUGGACUUGUGUAUGAAGUUGAAGGAGGGUAAAUACGUGCUUGUUAAAGAUCCGUCGAAGCCGCAAGUGAGGAUUUACGACGUACCGCAAGAUGCUUUUGAUAAUGAUUAUGUGGAGGAGCCAUUGCCCGAAGACGAACAGGUCCAGCCCCUCGGCGAGGAUGAAAAUGGCGCAGAUGCAAAUGCAGCCACGAAUGACGUGGAAGAUAAGGAAAUAAGCAAUGAAGCUGCUACUGCGUAAUGAGCUACAAGUUGUAUGGGCACUAUAAACGAGUCAACCAAGGCAAAAACCUUGCUGUAUUUUCACCCUUCAUUUUUCCAAAAAUAAUUUAUGCGAAAGAGGACGAUAGACUGCAGGUUAGAGAUCGCUGCACUCAAUUUUUUUAUUUUUUUUAUAAAUUAAAUUAAUAAGAUAUUUUGUUGAGUAGAAUAUCGAAUCAGCUUAGGGUAUGCAUUGACUUAAUUGCCCCAAAAUUAUCUUCAUCCUUUCGUUUUUAUUUUUAUUUUAUUGACCGGACAUUUUCGUGUUCAUGUCGUUUUAUAUUUUUCUUUUUGUUUUUUUUUCUGUAUGAUGAUUUGAUUUGUGUGAUAAAGCCUAAACAAGUGCCAAUAUGUAUGUAUAAUGUACAUCUGAAUUAGAUUAUAAGGCAAUCUAAUUAUUGAUUA